GCUUCCUCGCGACACCAACCAAAUCGUCCCCUAUUUCCCUUGCCCCUGAAGCGAGCACGAUCCCCAAUCCAAUGGCGCUCAAGGCCGAGAAGAAGCCGGCGGGCGAGGAGGAGGAGGAGAUGCCCGCAGGGAAGAAGCCCAAGGCGGAGAAGCGCCUACCGGCGAGUAGGGAGGGCGGCAAGGAGAAGGGGAAGAAGAAGGCUAAGAAGGGUGUGGAGACCUACAAAAACUACAUCUUCAAGGUGCUGAAGCAGGUGCACCCAGACAUCGGCAUCUCCUCCAAGGCCAUGUCCAUCAUGAACUCAUUCACCAACGACAUCUUCGAGAAGCUGGUGCAGGAAGCCGCGCGCCUCACCCGCUACAACAAGAAGCCCACUAUCACCUCCCGGGAGAUCCAGACCUCCGUACGCCUUGUCCUCCACGGGGAGCUCGCCAAGCAUGCCGUCUUCGAGGGCGCCAAGGCUGUCACCAAGUUCACCACCAACUAAGCGAGCUGCGGCGUCUACAAAUUUGUUAGAUCUAUUCCUUCCUUUUGUACCCGGAUGCGGUAUGUGCUGUGAAAUUAUCGAUGUUUUCGAUGAAUAACCGACAAAUGCGGGUAGUAGCUGCUUGCCUGCUUUGUAAAUCAUGCCGAGUUGUGAUGAACGUCUUGAAUUUGAACCGAUAUGUACUAUUGCUUGUUAUAAAGAGUUUUAUGUCAUUAUAAGACUCGAAACAGCUUCGCCGA